CCGCCCCUUCCUCCCCGGCCUGUGGCGCGGCGGGAAGGGUUGGGGGCUGCCGGCCCCAUGGAGCUUGCGCUCUUCGCUUGGCUGAGAGUCGGAUCCCAGGCUAAGAGCUGCAACCUUCGCGGCAAGUGGCGCCCGAACAGGGACCUCACUGGGUGUUGUUGGGUAAAUUGCCUGCCUGCGGGGAGCUGAGACUCGAAAAACCAGAGGUAGGGGUAGUUGUUGGAGAUGGAAGCCUAACCGAUCCGAGACAGAGGUUACUGUACCCGGAGGAGUGACUAUGGAAUAGUGAAUCGACUCUGAUGUGGUAGGACGUGGAGUGCGGUGAGACGCAGAGUAUGAUGAGACACGGAGCCGGCCGGCAACAUGGAUAAGGAGGGUGCAAACAGCUAUGGACAACUCGGUCUUGGUCAUAGAGAGGAUGUGCUGGUACCUCAGGCACUGAAAGCUGUUUCCUGCACAUGUCAAGACAUUAAAAGCAUUACUGGAGGAGGGGGACAUUCUGCAGUUAUCACUGGGGCAGGAGAACUCUUUGUAUGUGGCCAUAACAAAGAUGGACAGUUGGGAUUGAACCACACGGAUGAUGUACAACAUUUCACUUUGUGUGCUGCCCUGUCUGGCUUUUAUGUAAAACAAGUUACCUGUGGCUGGGAUUUUACAAUCAUAUUAGUAGGAUCUGGCCUAGUUCUGUCCUGUGGGUCUAAUUCUUUUGGACAAUUAGGAGUUCCUCAAAUUUCAGGUCCGUGCCUGAUUCCACAAAAGAUUGAGUCUCUCAAAGAGAAGGUGACGAGUGUUGCUGCAGGACUGAGACAUGCUCUUGCUGCAACAGAGAGUGGUGUGGUGCUUCAGUGGGGAACUGGCAUGGCAUCUCAGGCAAAGCGUGCACACCGAGGAAAAACCCUCCCGCUGUUCUUGACAGCAAAGGAACCCAGUGAAGUAACAGGCCUGGAAGAUGUCAAAGUGAAGAGAGUUGUUGCGGGCUCCUGUCAUUCGGUGUCACUCACAGAUGAAGGACACCUGUAUGUCUGGGGUAGCAACAAACACAGGCAGCUGUUGAGCAAAGAGAUCUUUCUUACUGAGCCUGAGAAGAUUGAGACUCAGUUUUUCUCACAUGAAAAGAUUGGAGCAGUUUGGAGUGGCUGGACCCAUUUGGUGGCACAAACAGAAACUGGCAAGAUAUUCACCUGGGGCAGAGCGGACUAUGGGCAACUUGGAAGACACACGGUGGUUGCUGAUGGGCAGGAGGCAUGCACGGCUUCUGAACGACGCUGGGAGCUGUUGUGUAGCAUCCCUGUUUCAGUGCCUUGCCUAAAUGGAGCAUCUCAGAUUGCUUGUGGCUCAGAGCAUAAUCUGGCAGUAGUUGGUGACCAAUGCUUCUCUUGGGGAUGGAACGAACAUGGGAUGUGUGGUGAUGGCACAGAAGCAAAUGUUAAUGUCCCAAAGCCAGUCAAGGCUCUUGGUUAUGCAAACCAGAUCAUAAUUGGAUGCGGGUCAGGACACUCCAUGGCUCUGUCAAACUCUACAUUAGACUCGGCACACCUGGAAUCAUAAUGCUGUGGAUAUGGAAGGGCAUCUUUGGACUGCAUAGCUCAGAAAUGCUACGAGAGGAUUGCCUAUGGUUAACACAAGAGUUGUAAAGCACAGAGGUUUUUUUCUAAGACUAAAAAGGCAUGAGUAUGCAUAGAAAACUAUAAUAUUUAAAUAAUUAUUUCAUAAGUCUUUUUCUCAGGAGUUAACUUUCUUACCCCACGUGAUAGAAUGAUGAACAUUUUGCCUUGAUACAAUACCAUUGCAGAAAGAAUGACUUUUUCUUGUUCUGAGAAGUUUUUGAGGAAGAAAUUGACUGCUUAAUCACUUUUCAUUGGUGUAUAAAUUCAGUCUAAGGAAAUAGUCUGAGAAGGUGGAGACGUAGAGCCCCUUCUGGUCUUUUAUUUUUGUGUCUUUACGUCGUGAUGAGCAUGUGUUAUGCCUGCCAGCUUCUGGAGUUGUGAGCUCCCAGGAUCUCAGAAAAUCCAGUUUGCGUCACAGAGAAAUGCCAGUGAUCAUAAAUAGAUGCAUACGUGCAUUUUGAACAGAAGAUUAGGAUUUAAAAAACUCCAAACAAACAAAGACCCCAAAACAAAGAGAUGAUAUCAUGUAGAAGGCUGGCAAAAAGGGAAAAUGAGGCCCUUCUGAACUACCUAUAUUUUGACUGAAGUGUGAAAGGAGCAGUAUUUCUGAGGAGUUAUCUUCUGUACCAGGCAUCAGUUUAUUAGAGAUCUACAGGGAUGCAGAUCCACAUGAAUUAUCAUUAACUUGCAAACCACACCUUAAGUUCAUGACACUACUACUUAGGGGAGAAAAACAUCUAAGAGCUCUUGGAAACUACAGAAAAGUUCUUGUUAAAGGGCAUAAGUCAGUUGUAGCCGUUGAGGACAGUUUGAUCUAACAGAACUGUGUUUCCAGCUGCCUUUGAAUUGGAGGGCAUCAAAAUCUAACCAGAAAGCAUUUACAAAUCCACCAGCCCAAAAGGCAGACAAGAAUUGUCCUGCUAAUUCCAGGUUAGUUCUCACAUCCGUUUUGCAGCCCAGAUGAGUUACUGCUCAGAGCAUACCCACUGUGUUGUUCCAGGUGAGUGCUUGGCACUCACUGUUAGCUAGGCCUGGUGCUUAUUUUGGUAGGAGAAAUGAAAAACUAUAAAUUAUCUUCAGAUAUUAUUAGCUGACUACAUUGAGUAGAGUUUUGGAAGCUAUUUAUAAAACUGUUUUUCACACAAAUACAGUGGAUGCCAUUAAACUGGAUGUUUGCCACCCACGAUAGCUACAUUUGCUGUGGUAUUUAAUGUAACUCAAGUUCUAAGUAUAGAGAAUACUACUGUGUGGUAAAUGCACCUUUUAAUGAGACGUACUGUUGCUGAAAAGUGGUUUGAUUUUUAAAGCAGGUUUGCCAGGGAAGAAGCCUUACAGAAUUACAAAAUACUCGGAGAAGGGCUCUUAAGAAGUAGGUCAGGAAGACUUUCUAAUGAUGGGUCAGCUUACAUAUGGGGGGAAGAAAUUAAGGUAGUAACAUGGGCUAUGAGGGUUUCUCCUUCACCUUGGUUUACAGCAGGUAUAGUUCAUGGCCUAAUUUUCAAAGAUAAUUUCUAUUCAAUGGAUGAGAAACUUGAACUGACUGUGAAACUGAUUAUAACAUCUGUAUGACAGACACUGAACCAAUCUAGAAGAAUAAUAAAAAAAAAAAUCUGAAAAAAUUCCAGAAUUGAGACUUCUAUUUUAAGGUGUUUUUUUCCUCCAUAUGUUGGUUAUCAUUCUUCAUGGUAAAAUACUGUUCCAGGCUAUGACCUCUUGCACUUUUUACUUAUCUAAGUUGCUACUUAUUGACUCAUCUUGAUGCCAUUUUCUAGAUACCACAGCCUCUCUUAUUACAUGCACUGAACAGUUUCUCGUGGUUUUUUUUGCAGUUCUGUUGGAGGUUUCUACCUUUGUCUUCCUCUACAAUCUGUGUACUGAACAAGCACAUUAUCUUGUUUCAGUAAUCAUACUCUCUUAAUAAUUCUGUUCCUAGAUUAAUCACAGCUCGUAGGUGUGCCCUAUAACAUAGGGGUUGCUGUACUGAACAUACUUUGACUGUGUGUGCUGUUGCUGCGGUUCAUUUCAGAGGGAUCCAACAAAUUAUGUUACAAAUAAAUGCGACUUGCAUAUUUGAAAUGUUCACUUCUUCACAUCUGUAACGUGAACACACUUUUGCAAAUGCAAAGGAUGAUUUGGGGUGAUAAGGAGGGAAGAAAAGAGUACUUUGGUUUGUUCCUGAUGUUGUGAUCCCUAUCUGCAUCUGAUCUUCAUUUUUGAAAGAGUGAGAACAAUGUUUUCUGUCCUUUAUUUUGCCCACAUAAAUUGAAAACUUUGGGAAGUAAUG